AAAUGGUGGUCAAAGCUCGGGGAGGCCACUGAAAAAAAAAAUUCUCGGUAAACUUUCCACCGGCUGUGAGGACGGAGUCAGCGCCGGGAGCGGGCGGUCGGAGGCCGGUGGGAGAUCGGACGACGAGCCGGGAGAGCACGUGCCGCCCCGCUGCGUCUGUGCGCGAGAGCUGUGUGCAGAGGAUGACGUCCUGGAUUUCUACAAGCAUGGUUCCACCAUGAGUGCGCAGUCUUUGGAUCUCUGGUUCUGUGAGGAGUGUCAGGACUAUUUCCAGAAGGAGUGUCCUACUCACGGACUCCCGCUGUUUGUCCCCGAUAAGUACGUGGCUCUUGGACAGGCCAACAGGGCGGCGCUCACUGUCCCGUCAGGCUUACAGGUCUGUACAGAAGGAGAUGACAUUGAUGUUCGCUGUGUGGAUGCAAGUAUUCCCAAAGGGGCCAUCUUUGGUCCAUAUGAAGGAGAACUGGUGUCCAAGAAUAAAUCUUCUGGCCUUUUUACCUGGAUGAUUAUUAAUGGCAACAAUACAUAUCAAUCCAUUGAUGGCAGCAAUGAAACAAAGUCCAACUGGAUGAGGUUUGUUCAGCUCUCAUCAGAGGAGACCAGCAGGAACUUGACUGCGUUUCAACACGGGAAAAACAUCUACUUCAGAGUCUGCCAGCAGCUGCAGGCUGGUGACAGACUGCGGGUCUGGUACAGUGAUGACUACAUCCAGAGACUUCAGGGCAUUUCUCAGAAGAGCAUUGAUCGUAAUCUGGACACAGAUAAAGACCAAACAGAAAUCCUGACCAGCUUUCAGAAGGACCUGAAACCUACUUGUCUGAAGUCAGUUUUGCAGGGCAAGUUCAGUCCAAAUAAACAACCCAGUGAAGAGGCUGAUGACCAGCCUCCUGCUAAGAAGAAGAAGCUUGACUUCAUCUUCAAAAAUGUUACAGAGUCCUCUCUGGGUGACUCCAACAGGUUCCAUCCAAUGAAACAAUCUUCCCAGGAAUGUAAAACGGCAGGCAAAACUGGGCAAGGAUCUUAUUUAGCUGAAAGCAAAGUUAACAUUCCUAACCUUAAGGUUGAGGACACAGAAGCAGAGACCCAGACCACCAAGGAACCCUCGACCUCUUUCUGCCCCAACUGUAUCAAACUAAAGAAGAGAAUUCUGGAGCUGGAGGACGAACUGUCACGCCUUAAAGGAGAACAGGGAGAUCCAGUCAACAGGCCAAUGUCAGAACAUCCCCCACCUCAACAGGAUCAAGCUCCACCCAACCCUGAGCAAGGACCAAUUGAAGACUUUCAAGGGAUGGAGCCUCUGACCCCUACUCAGGUAGUUCUGGAUGAAGAUGACCAGGAUGUGGACUCAGCUGAUGAAUCAAUUGCUGCAGAUCUCGUGAUUUCUCCAGAAGACUCAUCAAAGCUUUCUUCUGGAGGAGGCAGGCGCAUUCGUCGCUUCAAGCAAGAGUGGCUGAAAAAGUUCUGGUUCCUUCGCUACUCACCAACCCUCAAUGAGAUGUGGUGCCAUGUCUGCCGACAGUACACAGUCCAGUCAUCCCGCACUUCAGCCUUCAUCAUUGGCUCCAAGCAGUUUAAGAUCCAUACCAUCAAGCUCCACAGCCAAAGCAAUCUUCAUAAAAAGUGUUUGCAAUUGUAUAAGCUUCGCAUGCAUCCAGAGAAGACUGAGGAGAUGUGCAAGAACAUGAUGCUGCUUUUCAAUGCUGCAUACCACUUGGCCCUGGAGGGUCGUCCUUUUUCUGAUCUCCGUCCGCUAGCAGAGCUUUUAAAGAAGUGUGAGCUCAAAGUAGUAGACCAGUACAUGAAUGAAGGAGACUGUCAGAUUCUCAUCCAUCACAUUGGUCGGGCUUUAAAAGAAGACCUGGCAGAGAAGAUGCGCCUGUCACCCUUUCUAAGCAUCAUUGUAGAUGGCCAAAAUGAUGAGCUUUUCUCAGACAUGGUGGCAGUCUAUGUUCAAUUCCUGACCAACGAAGGUUCACCCACGACAGAGUUCCUAUCCAUGCAGAGACUGAGCAUGACCAGUUUGGAUGGAUAUCUACAGGCUAUGGAUCGUGCCUUUGGUGUCUUGGGCCUCAGCUUUCAGGACUUAUUGGUGGUGGGUCUUGGGGUGGAUGGUACCAACAUUUCUUUAGGAAUGAGAGCAAAUCUGUACAUUUCUGUCCAAAAGACUUUUCCUUGGAUUCUGUGCCUUCCCAUCAUGAUCCAUCGGCCUCAUUUAGAACUGCUGGAUGCCAUUAGUGGGAAGGAGUUGUCCUGCCUUGAGAACCUUGAAAACAAUUUAAAGCAGCUGCUUAGUUUCUAUCGUUACUCACCUCGCAUGAUGGGGGAGCUGCGGUCCACAGCUCCAACACUGUCAGAGGAGACGGAGUUCUUGGGAGACAUCAGAGCCAUACGAUGGAUCAUAGGAGAACCAAAUGUUCUCAAUGCGCUGAUCAAAGAUUAUCAGGAGGUAAUCGUCCAUCUGAAGGAGAUCAGCACCCAGACACAGAGGGCUGAUGCUGCUGCCAUUGCUCUCACCCUCGUGCAGUUUCUCAUGGACUACCAGUCAGUAAAGCUCAUCUACUUCCUUCUAGACAUCAUUGCUGUUCUCUCACGCUUAGCUUUGACUUUCCAGGCUGAGUACUUGCUGGUAUCACGGGUGGAAGCCAGAAUAGAGGAUGCCAUUCAAGAGAUUGGCCAGUUGGCGGAUUGUCCUGGAGAGUAUUUGCAAGAGUUUGAGGAAAAUUUCCGUGAAAGUUUCAAUGGCAUUGCCCUGAAGAACCUUCGUGUUGCUGAGUCAAAGUUUCAGUCGAUCCGAGAAAAGAUCUGCAGCAAGAGCCAGGCCAUACUCUCUCAAAGGUUGGACCUGCAGAGCCGAUCAUUUAUCAAAGCUUGCAAGGUCCUAGACCUGUCCAACUGGCCUCAUAACCAAGAAGACCUGCAGGCCUAUGGGGAGGAGGAAAUUCAGAUGAUAUUCAACCAUUUGGAGUCUAUUCCCUGUGCAGGCCUGGAGGCUUCCCAGGGUAAAACUGAAGCCAGGGGGAGCCUGGUGGUGGAGUGGAAGGAUCUGAAAGCGGAUUAUCACAGUAUCAGCGGAUUUAGAGAGGUUGUCAGUCACAUCUGUAGGUACAAACAACGUUUUCCUUUGCUGAAUUAUAUUGUGCAGGUUGUCAGGGUUCUGCAGUCCACGGCAUGCUGUGAUAAAGGCAGAGGAUCUCUGCAGAGGAUGUGUAAAAACAGUCAUUCCCGGUUGACCCUUGAACAGAUGAACGACCUUCUGACCGUGAAGGUUAAUGGACCACCAAUCGCCAACUUUGACGGGAAGCGAGCAUUGGAUAGCUGGUUUGAAGAGAAGUCUGGAAGCAGUUAUUCCCUCUCAGCUGAGGUAUUAAGUCGAAUGUCAACUGCUGAUCAAAAGUCUGUUUUGCACAGUGUUGAUGUCAAUACUGAGUUCUACCCUGACGUCUAACAUUUAUAGUGCUGAGUCAAACCCAACACAAAAGAAG